CCACCCUUACACCGCAUAUCGCCCCCUUUUUACUUUUUAUUACCACUCUAUUACCACUAUUACCACUAUUAACCACUACUCCAAUCCCCAUCCGCGUAACCUCGUUUCACCCCCCAAUAUGCGGGACUUGCUUAGGAAAGCGCCACUAAUCAAAUCAAUCUAAUCUCUACAUCCUUCCAUCUAAGAUUAUUUGUUGCGCCAUCCCUUUAUCUCAUCUCACCAUCUGAUAAAAACUCGACCCUUCUCCAUAAUUCCCCGGCUUCGGCACCGCUUAGUCCCAAAACCACCCUUCCACUCUUCCACGCUUCCAAGUGGGAUGUGGAGCAUCUCCGACUAGAGUACCCUUAACACACACUUACUAUUACAAUUGACUUCCCAACGAAAGCUUCCGAGGAAGAUCACAGGCAAAACUACACACUCUUGGAUGCGAACACAAACACAUCGCCAUCCUCUGCCACAGUCAUCACUUCUUACACCUCGCCCUUCACCCACAACCCAAACCGCAGCCAUGCUCCGCCCAAUGGCUAUCCGAACGAAGACGACUUCGCACUGCAUCCCCGAGGAGCCACCCGUCGACAACACCUCACCUCGGUCCGCCGUCCCAUCCCUCACCUCCAACUCCUCCGCCGACGAAGAGGAGAUCCCAAGCGUGCCACGCCGGCGCAGAGCAUCCACCGUCCUGAUCUCGCAGAAUGCUGAAGAUGCGAGGAGGAUAAUCGGCGAGAGCGGUACGAGGCUCAUCGAGACAUGCUGCGGCGGCGGAUGCUGCAUGUUGGCACCCAAGGCCGACUCGCAGUCAUUCGAAUAUGUUCCUCUGCCCGACAACGACGCAUUCCGUGCUCUUAAGUUGAACCUCGGACAGCUACCGAAGAAACUCACUGCCAUCCACGAGUUGCCCGCGAAGACAGUCUCCCUCUCUCCCAUCAGAGACAACAAGGCUCCCGCCAUCGUUGGCGCAGACCCCGACGAAAAGCCAUUCAACCCAGCCGUCGACCAGUCAAUCGAUUUUACCCCGCACACAGCCGAAAUCGACGAAAAGUUACAACACACCCGCACCCCGACAUCCAGCGAACACCCACCCAAGUUCGUCAAGCCGCACCCCCCAUACGAAGUCUUCUCCGCCAAGAUCUUCAACACCCGCGAGCUCACCCGCGCCGGCGCCCAAAAGCGAACCUUCCACUUCGACCUCGACGUCUCCGACUACCCCGCCGAGACAGGCGUCGACUUCAAAGUCGGCGGCGCCAUCGGCGUCCAAGCCCCCAACGAAGACGAAAUGGUAGAAGAGAUAAUGGACCUCCUCUCCAUCCCCCGAGUAGCCCGCGACCGCGCCGUCCUCGUCACGACCACCAGCGGCCGCUGGCCCACCAUCUGGGGCGAAGACAAACCCCGCUCCCUCGUCUCCACCCGCCGCGACCUCCUCACCUGGUGCGCAGACAUCCAAUCCUACCCCCCAACCAAAGCCCUCCUCCGCGUCCUCGCCGAAUACACCACCGACCCCAACGAGCAAAAAAUCCUCAACUACCUAUGCUCCGCCGAAGGCCAGGGCAAAUUCUGCGACCUCCGCACCGGCCCGCACCUCACCCUCGCACACCUCCUGCACGCGUUCCCCUCCGCAAAACCCCCGCUAGACCACCUCCUCGCGGUCCUCAAACAGCUAAUGCCACGCUUCUACUCCCUCUCAAAUGACCCGCACGAGAACUGCGUCCCGGUGAAGGGAUGCUCCCGCCUCAUCGAGAUCGCAGUCACAGUCCACGAGACCGAGUCCUGGCGCGGCGACCGCACGGGCCUCAGCUCGGGAUUCUUCGAGAGGCAGGCACGCAAAUUUCUCGCUGCUGAAGCGAGGGGCGAGAAGCCUGACCUCAGAAUCCCCAUGUUCAAGGGUCUGAUGAGUAACCCGCUCGCGCGCGAAUUCAUCUCCGACGGCCCUAUGCUCCUGAUCGGUGCUGGCGUCGGCGUCGCCCCCUUCCGCGGCUUCGUGCAGCGCCGUCUCAAGAGCGCGAAUUGCGCGAAUAAAGUCUGGGUCCUUCAAGGCGUGCGGGAUUCGCUGCUCGACGAGUUGUAUAGCGGCGAAUGGGGCGUGCAUGAGGAUGAGGUGAAGAAAGUGGUGCAGUCGCGCACGGGGGUGGGGAGGUACGUGCAGGAGGAGGUGGUGGCGCAGAAGGAUUUGUGUUGGUUCGUGAUUAAUGCGCUUGAUGGACGGAUCUUUGUGUGUGGGAGUAGUAAGGGGAUGGGGGAGGGGGUGGAGUCGAGUCUGGUGCAGGUGGGCAUGGAGAUGGGGAAUAUGAGUCGCGCGGAGUCGGAGGAGUUUUGGAGGUUGAAGAAGGAGGCGGGGCAGUAUAUUGCGGAGACGUGGUAGGGAAGAGGUGGGGGGAUUGGGAAUGAUGGAUGUAUGAAUGAGGGGUAUUUUGAGCAACUUGGGAAAACUCGGCGUUUUGGGGCGAUGGCAUUCGCAUGUUGGCACAGUGUAGCUAGAGAAGCUUUGCUGGGGGAGGUUGGUUCUGUCCUUUGUACUGUACAAUUGAAUGGUGCGCGCACAUAAACUUUAUAGAUAAACUUAGAGCCGCAAUGGCAUGGACAUACAAUGAGUGGAGAUGGUUGGAUGAGACUGCU